CUAAAGUGCUUGUAUUAUGUGUGUGUACUAAAAUAUUCCAUGAUUACUUUCAAGGGUUAUAUUAUUACUUCUUGAAGAAAACCCCCAAUAUUUCUCAUCUCUUCCUCUUUCUCUCUCCUAGUUGAUUUUUAUCAUUAUAUCAUGGAAAGAGAUCAUACUAGAAGUAGCACAAAUUUCCCAAACUAUGACCUCCACAUGUCCUUGAUUCAUUCAAAUAAUAAUCCUUCUACUUCUAAUAAUACUAAUAAUAAUCCUUCUAAUUUACAAGGGUUUCCUCAAUCCUUAGAAUUAUCUCAUCAUUCUAAUCAUGUUAUGCUCACCACCUUCUUGAGUCACCAACCACCACCACCGCUGCCGCCUCCGUAUCAGAUCACGGAUCAUCGGGGAUCCGAUUCACACAACACCACCACCGCCGUCACCACCACCACUAAAGGGCUUGUUGGUAAUUUUGAUAAUUAUGUCACUACUACAAGGCAGUCUUGGAAUAGUAGUAACAAUACUACUGAUCAACAGGUGGAAGGAUCAUCAGAUCCGAAAGCUAUUGCUGGGGACAACUCCAAUGGUGGUAAUGGUCGCGGUAACGAUGGAGCUGAACAUUCUUGGUGGAAGAACUCGAGCUCAGAAAAGAACAAGAUGAAGAUAAGGAGGAAGCUAAGGGAGCCAAGGUUUUGUUUUCAAACAAGGAGUGACAUCGACGUACUUGAUGAUGGUUAUAAGUGGCGCAAAUAUGGUCAGAAAGUUGUCAAGAAUAGUCUUCAUCCAAGGAGUUAUUAUCGAUGCACACAUAGCAAUUGUAGAGUGAAGAAAAGAGUGGAAAGACUAUCCGAAGAUUGUCGAAUGGUAAUAACAACUUACGAAGGCAGACAUAAUCACUCUCCUUGUGACGACUCCAACUCUUCCGAUCAUGAUCAAUGCUUCUCUUCUUUUUAGUUAAUUGCAAUGAUAUUCUAUGUUAUUGGUAUUAUUCUUAGCUUAUUCUAUCAUGUCUAUAAUCAUAUUAUAUAGUAUCAUAUUAUACAAUAAUAUGAUGCCAAAUAUUUAGUAGUACGUACGUAUUAUUUGUAAAGAAAAAGUAGAGAGCAUGCAUAUGUAUAAGAUAUAUAGUAUUUGAUUUUGUUUAGUCUUUAGGUGUGUAGUACAAUUUUGAUAACAUAUAGUAUAAUGGUGAUAUUGAGGUAUCAAUAUAGUAUGUAUACAAGUAUGUAUACAUAUUGUAUGUAUACAUGUGGUUAUUGUUUGUCCA